UUUACUCUUGCGUGACUCGAGGAACAACUGUGUUGCAUGAACUGUUUCCCUUUGCAGCAAAGGUACAUAGUAUAUAGGAUUUCAUUUGUAGAGAGAACCAAGAACAAACAUAGCAAUGGCUGCUGAAGAUAACUGGCAAACGAAACUUUCAACUCUCGUCGAAAGAACUGCGUUCAUUUUCAACAACGAUUUGCUGAGUGAUGUGAAGUUUGUCGUUCCAGUGUCGACUGGUGAAAGCGAAACUAAGGUGAUCCCAGCUCACAAGUUUGUUCUCGCAAUCAGUAGUCCUGUGUUCUUUGCCAUGUUUUAUGGUCAAAUGGCUGAGAACAAAGACUCUAUUGAGCUGCCUGACUGUGAGUACGAGAGUCUAUUGGAGCUGUUCUGUUUCUUGUACAGUGACAAAGUGAAUUUAACAGGAUAUAAUGUGAUGCAAGUGUUGUACUUGGCGAAUAAAUACAUGGUGCCUUCGCUUGCCGAGAAAUGCACAGAGUAUCUUCGCGACAACCUGAAGGCCUCGAACGUGUUUUGUAUUCUGCCGCACGCACAGAAAUUCGAAGAUAAAGAUUUAGAAGAUCGAUGCUGGGAAUUAAUUGAGAAGCAGACCCAAGAAGCGAUGACUUCAGCCGAAUUUGUUUCAGUUGAGCGAUCUGUUGUAGAAUCUUUAGUGAAGAGAGAACGGUUGAAUGUAGAGGAAGUGGAACUGUUCAAAGCUGUUGAUCACUGGGCCACAAAGGAAUGUGAAAGACAAGGGAUGAUUUCCGACGGAGGGAUAAAGAGACGACUUCUUGGAGAAGAUAUUGUCAAAGGAAUACGUUUUCCGUUGAUACCACAGAAGGAUUUCGCAUCUGUCGUAUUUGAUUCGCGAAUCUUGAGUUAUGAAGAGUUUGGAAACAUGAUAAAGUAUUACAACGGUGUUUUAACUACUCCUUCACCGUUCUUACUAGCCUGCAGAAUUGAUCCUACUACGCACCGAUGCUUCAGAUUUCAAACGUUUUGUGCGCCAGCGCCGCGGGGUUCCUGGCGUUACAGUGGGACUGCUGACUCUAUCAUUCUCACUGUCGAGAAGCCUGUUAAACUUUACGGAGUUCAGCAUUUUGGCUCCGAAGGUGGCAAGUAUACAGUUACAACAGACAUUGUUGAUCCCAUAGGCAACACUUCGCUUGUGAGUCGAGCAGGAAAUUAUGCAUCAGAAAAAAGCGAUACGCAUGCUUAUUACGGCUUUGAUGUAAUGUUCGAUCGUCCAGUUAUUUUGAAGGCAAAUAAAGAGUACAAGGUAAAGUCGCUCAUUAACGGCCCUUCAUCGUGGCACGGCGGGAAAGGGCAAACACCAGUGCAGUGCGAGGGAGUGCGAUUUACGUUUCGUAACUCGGCACCUGAUGUCAAUAAUGGGACUAAUGAAACAGGAGGACAGUUUCCUGGAAUUUUGUUUUCAGUUUCCAAGUAGAAAUUCUAAGGUUGCCCGAACCAUUCCUGUCAACGUAGAACCUAGUGAAAGUCUGUUAGGUCAAGCAGUAUUGGAUCAGUUGGAUCUGUCUUCUCGCAUGAUCAGGUAUUUACCAUCCUCGGAGACCCAAGGGCAGUGGGUCGAUUUCAAGUUAGGGCAUGA